GGACCCGACGCAUAGCUAUAUAACAUAAUAUUAUAUCACAUGCGAAGGCGAUACGAUAAUAAAUUAUACGGUGCACACUAUUGUGGUUCGCUUGCGACAACAUACUCACUAUUGCCUAACAUAUGACUUUGAAUUUUUUUUCGUCGUCGUUGUUUUUCGUGUGUUGUUCGUUUUGGAGGCCGCUUGAAAUUUUUUGGCACGGCCGCCGCCGACCGUUAAUAGUCGCACAUUUAACGCCGCGCGGCGACAUCGCGGUUUUCGACACUUAAUUUUUAUUUUGUCGUUUAACGCGCCUUUUAAGACGUUUUUAAUUUUUAAUUUUUUUAUUUUUUUUAAAAUUUUUUUUUAUUAAUAUUAUUUAUUAGUAGUGUCGAUUACAGCAGUCCGUCAUUGUAUGAUAUAAUAUAAUUAUUUUUUUUGAUUUUCAGCGGUUCAGAAGUCUUCAAAGCUGUACCUACUCCAAUAUUCAUACUAUUGAUAUUAUAUAUGAUAUAUUUAUAUUAUAAUAUCAUACAACAAUAAUAAUUAUCGUGUUUUAAUUGAUCCGUUGCAUUUAUACAUCAUUUCUGACCGAUGUUUGUGUUUCAGGUGUAUAGAACGGAAAACUGCACGACUUGUUUUUUCAAAUAACCAAGCUGUAUUGUGUAGCUGCCGUUGGCUUUUCGUCGUAUAAUAAAUCACACACGUUUCUACCUUAACACAUAACAUAAUAUUAUAUUAAACAUAUAAUAUUAUUUCAUAGUGCACCAAUUCUACACGCUGUCGUACUAUUUGUGGAAAUCACUCGCAGAGCAGAUUUGAUAUAAAAUUAUUAUUUUAAGCUAUUUAUCGUAUUCGUAGUUGUUUUUAAUAUUACUUAUUAAUAUUUAUUGUAUAGUUUCGUAUUUAUACUAGCGAUUGACAUUUAUCUGCAACGCGGUUUACACGCCGUUAUUCGUAGGUCUUAUGUUUUUUCAACGAAAACGUUUUGUUUUUGAUUCAGCUGCUGUGUAAUCAGCGGUAUCGGCGAUGGCAGACCAACAACAGGAGCAGUACGAAGAGCAGCACAGACGAUGGUACACCGAGUGGAUCCGCAAGCAGUACGACGGGCCGGGCUGCCGUGCCAAGAUAGUCGGUCGGGCCAAGUACGAGCAAAUAGUGCGCGCUGUCAGGGGCGAGUUGCGGCGCGCGGCGGACAAUUCCAAGUUCCGGUUCUGGGUGCGAGCCAAGGGGUUCCGGAUGGGAAGACCGAUGUCAUCGGGUGCGGCGGUGCAACCAGACGAUUCGGACGUUUUGUACGUGGUGGACACCAGGAACAGUGGUACAGCGGUCGCGGAAACGGUGCAGACGGGAAGCGGAUCCAGGCAGCAGCAGCAGAAGCAUUUUAGUUACAAGAAGGUGGCCGUGGUCGACGAGUUCUUCGACAUAAUAUACAGGGUACAUUGCAGCGGUGGAGGUGUUUCAGCGCGACACUCUGGACAAAAGCGUACGCACCGGAUGAUCAUGGAGACGUACGCUUUUCUACCAAGGGAGGCAGUAACUGCCUUUUUGAUGGGAUGUCCUCAGUGCAGCACUAGUAAUCCUACACCGGCAUCUACAGUUGACGCAUCCGUUGACAAUUUACAACAGACUCCACUUGCCGUUACUAACGUUGAACUUUUUCACUGCACUAACAUAGAGCAAUGGUCGUCAUCAAAGUUCGCGUGUUCCACUCCGGUGAAACAGAACGAAGAGAGCAGCAGUGCCGUAAAACCGGAAUCUGCGGGUGGUACGCAUCCGAUUGUCGCCACUGAAAUAGCCAUGGGGGCCGACAAAGAGAACGUUACGGAUAAUGAAUGCCAAAUCGCCGUGGCCGCAACAACGAAGGGCGGUAAUAAACGUAAACGUACAGUCCCGUUAAAACGUAACAUUCGACAGCCGUGCCAAGUCAUAGAAGUCGUCGACGCCGCUACCACAACAGUCGGCAACUCAAGCUCGGGUAGUAGCACUUUGAAAAAUAGUAGCAACAGCAGUUGCACGCUAAUAUUGUCGUCAUCGUCAUCGUCGUUGUCGUCCCGUACGGAAUCGGGUAGUGGUGUCAGUAGGACGAGUGGUGGCUGGUGGUCAAAAUGGGGAGUGUGCAGUAACGGUAGCAGAUUAAGCGUGAGUGUUGGUGGUAGCGAUUUUAGUGGUGUCAACAGUAACAUGCAACCGUUAGACUUAUCUUCGUCGCCACUAUUAACGGUUUCACCCACGCAAACGAUUAUCCGGUCGUCGUCGUCUCCGUCCGUUAUCGCAGAUGAUUUUUUUUACAAGCGUAAACGCGUACGACGUCGACGUGUUCGGCCAAAACGUUUGAACCGAUCAUCGUUGGGUCGUCGUGGAGGUAAUUACGAAGAGGAUGACACGUCGGUGAGUGAUGGUGAUGGUGAUUAUGAUGUGGUAAAAAAUAGUUAUAGAGACAAUGGUAAUGAUGAUGUUGGUAGUUGUGUUAACGAAGAGGCUGAUGGAAGUAUUACAGAUGAACAAAAUAACUCGAUGAUGGGAGAAAAAGUUGGAGGUGGAGGGAUGGAUGAAGAAUAUGAAGGUCCUAAACCGGCCAAAAUACAAAAAAGACUAGGUGAAGGGAUAGGUAAUCGUAAAAAUAACAACAACGAUGACGAUUUCUAUGAUAAAGCGGCAUCUGUGGUGACCUCGGCCGUAAAAACAACGGUAGCGGCCAUAAACUGUUGUGAUGGUGACAAUGGUCAAAAUAUUGUCAAUGACGCUUUAUCAAGGAACAUAGCGAUGAAAGGACCACUGGAAGUAAAAAAAGAAUUCACUGAAAUCGACAGAACCGAAGCGGACGAAUUAGACGAAAACCAGGAAAAGAGUGCAGCAUUACAUUCGCCUAUAAACAAAAGGAUUAAUGGCACUGGUCACCAUCCUUAUAAUAUGCAUCACACAUCCAGGAGUAUUAUGAAUGGUCUUGCAACGUCUUCAUCGCCGUCUUCACUAGCGAAGUCGCUAGAUACAAUUACUACCAGCAGCAACAGUCACCAUAAUUUCCACCGGCAUUGGUUAGACAUGGCAAACGAUUCUGUUAACAACAGUAACAUGAUGGACGUGGAUGGAUCGGCGGAUGACAACUCAAUGGCGGCCGCGGCAGCCGCGGCUGCUGCCGCUCUGCUCUUUAGCCCUCCGUCGUCCGUCGGCAGUGGUAUCUCGCCCGGUGGACCAUUAUCGUCCUUACACCCCAACUCGCAUCUUGCACAUCACCACGCCUUGUCACCACUGGCACCGCUCGCCCUGCCACCUCAUUCGGCUGCGGGCAUCGGGUUGUCGCCUGCACAUCAUCAUCAUCAUCAGCACAUCCAACAGCAACUACAACAGUAUGCGGCGGCUGCUGUUGCCGCAGCCACCGCAGCAGCCGCGGCCGCAGCCGCAGCGUCUUCGACAGGUGAUUCGACAUCACCACCUCCAAAUUUGCCACUGUCUUUGCCUCCGAUGGCGCAUCACUACAACCAAAACAACAAUAUCAGUGGUACAAACAAACGCAGAAGUACCAGUGGUACAGGAUUGACAGUACAACAACAGCUGUACCGAAGAAGUGGGACUCCUACGUCCUCCACAACAUCAUCGCCUUCACCAAGACUAUUGAAUUCUAAAAAUGACGCUGAUACGACCACAAGCAGUACUGGUUUGCACGAAAACAGCAGCUUUUCGACAUCUGGACUCCCGACUACCACGACAACUGUGCUCUGGCCACCUUUGGGCCUUCUCACUGCAGCGCAUCAGCAACAUCAUCACAGUAUGUCAUCACCUCCAAAGUUUCAGCAACUAUUUGGUUCGUCGGUUAACUCUCUGGCCACAGUUACAGCUGGAUCACAAGUCCUACCAUCAUUACCACCACCACCAAUUUCAUCGCCUUCGUCUUCAUAUCGACUUCCAUCCAAAGAAACAAACGGUAUGUCAGUGACCACUACUAACGGUAUUGUUACUGGUAACGAUAUUGGAAUUGGUGCUGAGAAUGCAAUGAACGCAGACGAAGAUGACGCGGCAAUUGACGAUGAGGAAGAUGAAGAAGACGAAGAAGAUGAAGAAGAAGAGGAGGAGGACCUUGAUGAUGACGAUAUUGAAGAAGGUGAAGAAGAUGCAGAUGAAGAAGAAGGAGAAAGAAAUGCAGAUGGUGGCGAUGGAAAUGCUGCACAAACUCGGCGAUUGCGCAGGCAACAAGUCAGACGUUUACGACAACUACAACGUGCUAGUAACGGCAAUAACAAUGCAAAUGAUGGCACUGAUUCAGGCAUAACUACAAGCUACCGCCAGCACUGGCAACAGCCUUCAACUACCACAACUUCUGCCAGUUCUCUGUCACAGCAGCAACAUCAACAUUCCAUUGGAUCAUCUUCUCAACAUCAUAUUGAUCCGGAGCGUUUAAAAGCAUUCAAUAUGUUUGUCCGGUUGUUUGUGGACGAAAAUUUAGAUAGACAAGUGCCAAUUAGCAGACAGCCCAAAGAUAAGGUACAGGCAAUUAUUGACUCGUGUGGACGACAGUUUCCUGAACUUUCAGACAGGUCACGUAAGCGUAUCAGAACUUAUUUGAAAUCAUGUCGCCGUAAUAAGCGAAAUACGCCACAAUCCGGAGGUGUUUCAUCGUCACCUCCUCCACCCACUAAUCCAUGGCCAGCAAAUGGUUCCUCUUCUGAUCCAACAGUACAACCGCAAAGACCCACUCCAGCACAUUUAACAAGUGCCCAGGCUGAAACUAUAUUGGCAGUAGCUUGUCAACGAGAGUCGGAUAAUGCUCGACGAAUGCGUCUUGGUCUUGAACCCGUUGCACAGCCUUAUCCGUAUUCGGUUGCUUCAACAUCGACAUCUAAUGUAUUUCAACAACCUUCUGGUACUCUACUAUUAAACCAAAAUGGAAGUAGCGGAGCCACAUUACAAAUGUCCUCCACGUCAUCGGAUGAAGAUGCCGGUGCAGGUGAUAGCAGUUUUGAAAAAACGUCCACUAAUGCUAUUGAAGCUGAUACUGAGCAUCGCAAUGGUAACGACAAAGCAGAAAACCGAGAUGGCUGUGACCGUCGAGAAGUAACUGAAUCUGUUGAAGGAGGUUCUGGUGGUGAUUUGGCAAACAUGACCAAUACUGCUAAUGACGAAUUGAACUUGUCAAAUGUGACUAGUGGAACUAGCGUUACAUCUUCAUCUCCUAAUAAUAAUGAAACUGCUGGACCGACCGACCUGAGUGUUAAUAAAUCUUUUUCUGCUACCACCCACAGUAUGGGUACUAGUACUAUGGCUGCUAUUCCUCCGGCACCAACAGGAGGCGGAUACAUGAGCGGUGCUGGUUUUAGAGGCCUCUCUACAUCAACAUCAACUACGACUGUCAACCACCGUCGAAUCAGCAGUAACAACUCGUCCUCAACUACUGGUAUGCUACAGCUGUUUCCAACCAUGAACACGACAUCCAGUAUCUCCAGUGGCACUACGCCCACGCUUCCAAUACAACCAUCGAUGCUUAACCAAACAACACCACCAGUACAACCGAGCAGUAAACUUUUAAACAAAGCCGACGUGGUAACUGUAAGGCAACUCAUUGCUGGUUACAGGGAAUCAGCGGCUUUCCUAUUACGUUCUGCUGAUGAAUUAGAACAUCUUUUGUUAUUGCGAGGAUAAUUUCGAUAUUUAAAUACUGUAGAAUAGUCAAAAACACGUGUUAAUUUUUUUUUUUUUUUUAAUAUCUCUGUUUUUGUGUAAAGU